GCCAUCCUCACUCCCACUCCAAACUCCCCACUGCCGCUCCCGCUCCCCGCUCCCCGCUCCCCGCUCCAAGAUAAAUUCUCUCCAGAUCGCAGGGAAACUUCCAAAGAUUACAACUUUCUUCUCGAUCUCAACAUCCCCACAAUCUCAAUCUCCCUAAACGUCUGAAAAUUCCAUUCUUCCAUUUUUUUCCACCCGCUUAUCUUCACCAUAGCCAUGGGUUCCCUGCGCCAUGCCGACCUCGUAAGAGACCCUAGAGACGAGCUUGUCGUCACCCAAGUAAGCUUCGGUGGCUUCGAUGAUUCCGUUGAAGCCAAAAAUCUUGCCGAAUUCCUCGAAAACAACGCUGGUGUCAUCUGGCGAUGCCGCGUCAAGAAGACGUGGUCGCCGCCUGAUUUCUUUCCCAACUUCACCGUCUUCUCCUCCGCUCGCCGAAGGGCGUCGGCGGACGAAUCCGUUGCCAAGGUCAUUACCCCUCACGCAUUUGUCCACUUCGCCAGCGCUAAGGCUGCCAAGCGCGCCAUCGCCGCGGCCGGCCGAUCAAGUCUUAUUCUUGAUGGACGUGUCCUACGCGUCAACUCCGGCGCAGAGAGUGCCCAACGCGCGCAGCGCCGGCGAAACAUCGAUCCCUUCAAGUUCUCCUCUGUCGGCGUCGAGCUUGGAACGCUUUUUUCCCGUGAUGAAUUUUGGAUCGCCUGGAAAUGCCCUUCCAGCGAGUUCAUUGUAGAUCCCUUCGACGGUUUAUGUCAGAUUAUAUUCUCGCAAGAAGUUACGUUCUCGCGGAAAGACUCGAAUGAGACCUUGGCGAUCAAAUGCGAUAUAAAGGUGCAAUUUCUGGUUAGGGAUUUGGAUGAUGUUAAGUUUUGGAAGGACGAGGCACCCUUUGCGCUUCUCCUACAUUUCUCCUCUGCCCCGUUGGUGUUUUACCGAACUGCCGACGAUGAUAUCUAUGAAUCAGUUCCGUUCAGCCUCUUAGAUGAUGAGGAUCCGUGGAUUCGAACCACGGAUUUCACGGCUAGCGGAGCGAUCGGCCGAUGCAGCGUCUUUCGGAUUUUGCUUUCUCCUCGAUACGGGCCAAAGCUCGAGAGAGCGCUGGCUUAUCUGAGAGAUCACAGAAUCCCGCAGUCUCGACCGAUGAAACCUCUUCGUGUUUGUGAGGAGCCAGACUUUGGAGUUCCCAUGGCUGAUCACUUUUUGUGCAUUCAAGCUAUGAAAGGUAUCAGUUUUGGCACACUGUUCAUGGUUAAUGCAGUUUUGCACAAGGGGAUCACCAACCAGUUCCAACUAAAUGACAAAUUUUUCAAUUUGCUGAGGAGCAAUAGUGAUUCAUUAAAUAAUGCAGCUUUGAGACAUAUUUGGGCUUACAAGCACGCCAUCUUUAAUGCAUACCAAAGGCUAAAACUUGUGCAGGACUGGUUGUCGAGGAAUCCAAAGAUGAUGAAGGGACCAAGGCUUGCUGAUGAUACUAUGGAGAUUAGGAGACUGAUUAUUACUCCAACGAAAGCGCAUUGUCUGCCGCCAGAGGUGGAGUUGUCUAAUCGUGUUCUUAGGCAUUACAGGGGUGUGGAAGAUAGAUUUUUGAGGGUUAGUUUUACAGAUGAAGCAAUGCAGCGACUGAAUUCCAAUGUCCUGAACUAUUAUGUUGCUCCAAUUGUGCGGGACAUCACUUCAAAUGGAUUUCCGCAGAAAACUACUGUGUUUAGGAGGAUUAAGUCAAUUUUGAAUGAUGGCUUUAACCUGUGUGGCAGGAAGUACUCUUUUCUGGCAUUCUCAUCAAAUCAAUUAAGGGAUCAGUCAGCCUGGUUCUUUGCUGAUGAUGAGAAUAUAACUUCUGAUUCCAUCAGGAAAUGGAUGGGUAGAUUCUCCAACAAAAAUGUGGCAAAGUGUGCUGCUCGAAUGGGACAGUGCUUUUCCUCAACAUAUGCAACUGUGAAGGUGCUACCUAAUGAAGUUGAUUCUUAUCUUGAGGAUAUUGAGAGGAAUGGCUUUGUCUUCUCUGAUGGGAUUGGGAAGAUCACACCAGAGCUUGGGAUGGAAGUUGCUGAAAUACUGUCAUUGAUCGACAAUCCUCCUUCGGCCUAUCAAAUACGAUAUGCCGGCUGUAAGGGUGUGGUAGCCGUUUGGCCUGGGAAAGAUGAUGGAAUUCGUCUGUCACUCAGGCCAAGCAUGAAUAAAUUUGACUCCGGCCACAAUGUUUUGGAGAUUGUUUCAUGGACUCGUUUCCAGCCAGGCUUUCUGAACAGACAAAUUGUGACACUACUUUCAUCCUUGGAUGUUCCUGAUACUGUUUUUUCAAGAAUGCAGGAGGAAAUGAUUUCUAAGUUGGAAGAUAUACUUGUAGACACUAAUGUUGCACUUGAAGUUCUUACCACUUCCUGCCUUGAGCAAGGAAACACUGCUGCAAUGAUGCUGGCUGCAGGUUUUAAACCUCAAUCAGAGCCCCAUCUGAAAGAUAUGUUGUUGUGUGUCAGAGCCGCGCAGCUACGGGAUCUUUUAUUGAAGGCAAGGAUAUUUGUUCGAAAUGGAAGGUGGUUGAUGGGCUGCUUGGAUGAACUGGGGAUACUGGAACACGGCCAGUGCUUCAUUCAGGCAUCGACUCCAUCGCUGGAAAAUUGUUUCUCAAAGCAUGGUUCUAGAUUUUUGGCAACAAAGAAAGAGAAGAAAAUUGUUGUGGGUACUGUUGCAGUUGCUAAGAACCCAUGUCUUCACCCCGGGGACGUUCGGAUUCUUGAAGCAGUUGACAUACCUGAACUGCAUCACCUUGUUGAUUGCUUAGUGUUUCCACAGAAGGGAGAGAGACCUCACUCAAAUGAAGCAUCUGGUAGUGACCUUGAUGGUGAUCUUUAUUUUGUUACUUGGGAACCUAAUUUAAUACCUCCAAGCAAAAAGAGUUGGGCUCCAAUGGAUUAUACACCAGCACAAGAAAAGUUGCAACCGCGCCGUGUCACCCAUUGGGACAUCAUUGAAUUCUUUGUGAAGAACAUGGUAAGUGAGAACCUUGGAGUCAUUUGCAAUGCUCAUGUGGUCCAUGCUGAUCUAAGUGAGCAUGGAGCCAUGGACGAGAAAUGUAUCGAGUUAGCCGAGUUGGCCGCCUUGGCCGUAGACUUCCCUAAAACCGGCCAAAUGGUCAACAUGCCCUCCUCCCUCAAGCCCAAGCUAUACCCUGACUUCAUGGAGAAGCAUGAACACCAAUCCUACAAGUCUGAAAAGAUCCUUGGGAGGCUCUAUCGUGCCAUAAAAAAUGCUUCAAAUGAGAGCUUGAUGCAUCCAGAGUUCACAUUCAGCUAUGAAAACAUUCCCUAUGACAAAGAUCUUGAGGUCCCAGGUGCUUCGGAGUAUCUUCCAGCUGCCUGGGACAGCAAAUGCCUCUAUGAUACACAUAUUAAUGCAUUGCUUGAGCAAUACAGAAUUACAGCUGAGGCAGAGAUUGUCAUAGGACAAAUAUCAUCAUUGCCUAAAUUCAACAGCAGGAAGCAAGGGGAUAUAAAGGAAAAAAUCAAGAAUUCCUACGAAGCUCUUCAUAGAGAAUUCCGCAAAGUCUUCGAGACAUUGGAGACGAAUGAUUUACAGCUUUCUGGAGUGGAGAAGGACUUGUUGUUCGAGCGAAAGGCAUCGGCAUGGUAUCAAGUCACCUAUCACCCAGAUUGGGUUCAGAAAUCUGCGGCGAGGAGGGGACCUGAUGGCGGCGAAGUGCCGCCCCGCCUAAGCUUUGCAUGGAUUGCUGCUGAUUACCUUUCAGGAUUGAAGUUGAAGGGUCGAGAAUGACAGGAACAUGAAGAUGUCUCUUCUGAAGGAGAGAGAGAUCUGAUGAUGAUGCUACAGUGAUGUUGGUUGCAUGAGUUAGUUAACUUUGUGUGUAGCAAAGCCACUCUGCCAUUUCUCAUAUCUAUAUUGAUAGAUAUGAAUCUCGUUUUGAGGUAUUUUUCUUUUGUUUUUGUUUUAGCUUGUUAUUUUCUGUUAUUCUGUCUUCUGUUUCAGAAUGUAUCAGUUUUUCUAUAAGAGAGUUGUUUCUGGC